AUGUCAAUCUUUAGUCCGCCUGAUCCCACUGCGUAUGCCUGGCAGCGUCAUGCAUCAGGCUCUUACCGUCGUCUGUCUCUGUCGUCUGAAUCGAUGUGGGUUUCCAAACCAAGGGAAGCGCGGCAUAUUUUCAUACUUGCCGAAUUAACCACGACGCAACCGGCAAAUGCUGAUACUAUCUUUGAUGCGGCGAAGAAGGCGUGGAGAAAACUGAGAUUUGAGGUUCCAGAACUUCAGUUGAGUAGUGUUUUUGAGAAUGAAAAUGCAUACUUGCAAUACGAGUGUCCCGAGUCUCAAAAAGUUGACACAUGGGUUAAGCAAACGACAUAUCUCGAGUCUUCUACCGAAGCACCUGACUUUAAGAGGUUAAGAGAUCUUUUCCUAUACAGAAGCAGAGAUAAUUUUUGUCCGGCUUCACUUUUGAUCUACUCUCAGUAUGAGAAUAGACAAAUUUUGGAUGUUUCCAAGAAGUUCUGGUGCAUGUUAAAUACCGAUCAUCUCAUCACUGAUGGAAUUGGAACCAGAGUUUUACUAGGGAAAUACCUUGAAGAGUUUUCAAAGUCUCUAGCAGCACCAAACUCAGUGGAAGAUACCAAGCUUCUCUGGGGUGAGACUUGGAAGAACCUCUCCCCGCCAUGGAUCACUAUCAUGAACAACAAACAGGAAUACUCUGGAAGAGGAUUCAAAGAACGAGUGUCUGCGAAUCAAGAGUACCUAUUUCACACACAGUCCCCCGAUCCAGGCAUUCCUCUAUGCUUGCCUAGCACCCACUCAACGCAAGAGAUCUAUUUCCUCACAUUAUCGCGCGAACAGACUACCGUUCUUCUGAAAGCUGUUAAAAGUCUCCCAACCACCAACCCAACUAAUAUCACCAGUCUAACUCAUGCCGCAAUGCUUGUAGCCAUGCUUCGUCUCAACCCAACACAACAACAACAUUUUUACUCGGCAUGCUGGCUUAAUGGACGUCGUUAUCUCAAGUCUUGCACUGGUAGGGACAUGACCAAGGAGUUUAUUCCAGUCUGCAUGUCGUUUGCGCCUAUCAUCUUUGAAGAUCUUACAAGUCUUACUGUUGAUAAAGAAGCCAGUAAAGAAGAGACUGGAACGGCAUUGCUUAAAGCAGUAGACCAAGCUAAUUCAGAAUAUAAGAAGCUAAGAGAAAAGGAAAGUAUUCUAAACGAGUUCGUCAGUAUUGCUAAUCAAAUUGGAAGAAGCAUAAGAAGCAAUCCUCCCAACCUUCAAGCACCAAUACCAAAAACAGCUGCACCGCUCUUCCUCUCAGACGGUCUAACAGACCAAUACAUCUCGCAUACCUACCCAAAAGACUCCUCCUCACCCGCACUCGUAGUUGACGAUAUCCAUUUUGCAGCCAACGCGGCUGAUGAAGUAAUCAUACGUCUAGCUAGGUUCCGCGGCUGUACCAGGCUCUCGGCCGAAUGGAAAAGUGAUUUAUUUGAUGGUGAUAUGGUAAGAGAGUUUUUGGGGGAUGUUAGGAGGGUUAUGUUUUCGAUUGUUGGGGAAGGAGAUGUGUGA